AUGGCAACUUCAAUAAGUCAAGUUUUUAAAAAUUGUCAUGAACAAAAAAAACCAGUUUUCAUUGCUUUUGUUACUGCAGGGUAUCCUGACCCUGAAGAAACUGUUGACAUAUUACUUGGAUUGGAAUCUGGUGGAAUGCCUUUUACUGAUCCAUUAGCUGAUGACAUUACAAAAUGUUUAUCUUUUGUCUCUUCUGCACGUUCUCAUGGCCUUAAAGCUCCAAUAAUUUUUAUGGGAUAUUAUAAUCCAAUAUUAAUUUAUGGAGAACAAAAACUGGUUAAAGAUUGUAAAGAUGUUGGUGUCAAUGGGUUUAUUGUAGUUGACCUACCACCAGAAGAAUCUGAUAAUUUUAGAGGUUUUUGUUUACAAUAUGGUUUAAGUUAUAUUCCUCUUAUAGCACCCUCUACAACUGAUGCAAGAAUUAAAUAUUUAUCAAAUGUUGCAGAUUCAUUCCUUUAUAUUGUUUCAAAAAUGGGGAUAACAGGAACUGGUAAAACAAUUAAUGCACAAUUACCAGACUUGGUAAAUCGUGUACGAAAGUAUACAGAUUUACCCCUUGCCGUUGGGUUUGGUGUCAGCACUAGAGAUCAUUUUAAACUCGUUGGAUCACAUGCAGAUGGUGUAGUAAUUGGAAGUAAAAUAGUGAAUGUAUUGAAAAAUGCUGAAAAAAAUAAAAGAGCUGAAGCUGUAAAAGCAUUUGCAUCUGAAAUUAGUAGCAAUGCACAAAAUAAUGAAAAAGCAAUUGAGAAUUUUGAUGAUAUUAUAAAUGAUACUGAAGAACAAAAAGAUUUAAAAUCUAAAGAAACAGAAAAUAUAAAUAAAGAACCUAUACAUACAUUAAGUGCUCGUUUUGGAGAAUUUGGAGGACAAUAUGUACCAGAAUCAUUAGCAUUCAAAGAGGCAAAAGAUGAUCCAGGAUUUCAGAAAGAAUUUGAAUCUUAUUAUGAUUAUAUGGGACGUGAAUCCAAACUUCAUUGUGCAGAUCGAUUAACUGAACAUGUUGGUGGAGCAAGGAUUUGGCUGAAAAGAGAAGAUCUAAAUCAUACAGGAUCACAUAAAAUUAAUAAUGCAAUUGGACAGGCACUUUUGGCAAAACAUAUUGGUAAAAAAAGAAUCAUUGCAGAAACUGGUGCAGGUCAACAUGGAGUAGCUACAGCAACUGUUUGUGCAAAAUUUGGAUUAGAAUGUGUUAUUUAUAUGGGCAGUGAAGAUGUUAGAAGACAGGCUCUAAAUGUAUUUAGAAUGAGAUUAUUAGGUGCCAAAGUUAUACCUGUAGAUUCUGGUAGUAAAACUUUAAAAGAUGCUAUUAAUGAAGCUAUGAGGGAUUGGGUUACGAAUGUUCAUAAUACUCAUUACCUUGUGGGAUCAGCAAUUGGUCCCCAUCCUUUCCCAACUAUUGUACGAGAAUUUCAAUCAAUAAUUGGAAAAGAAGCCAAACAACAAAUGUUGCAAAAAGCUGGUAAAUUACCUGAUGCUAUUUUAGCAUGUGUAGGUGGUGGCAGCAAUUCUAUAGGAUUAUUCUAUCCAUUUAUUGAAGAUAAAAGUGUAAAACUUAUUGGAGUUGAAGCUGGCGGUGAUGGAAUUGAUACGGAAUUUCACUCGGCUACUUUAACUGUUGGAACACCAGGUGUAUUACAUGGAACACGUACAUAUUUGUUACAAGAUGAAAAUGGACAAAUUAAAGCAACACAUAGUAUUAGUGCAGGAUUGGAUUAUCCAGGUGUAGGACCUGAACAUUCAUGGCUAAAAGAUACAGGUCGAGCUCAAUAUGUAGCAGUUACUGAUACAGAAGCUUUAAUAGGAUUCAAAAAAAUUCAUGCCAUCUAUUAUGCAUUAGAACUUGCAUCAAAAAUGCGAAAAGAUCAAGAUAUUUUGUUAUGUGUUAGUGGUCGUGGAGAUAAAGAUGUAAGUUCAGUAGCAGAAGCUUUGCCAAAAUAUGGACCUAAAAUUGGAUGGGAUAUGACAAUAGAUUUUAAACUAUAA